AUGACCAUCACUCUUCAUUAUUUUGAUGUGCGAGGUUUGUGUUUUAAUCAAAAUGGAUUUUUUAAAUUGCAAAGAAUUUUGAAAUUCAGGAUUAGGAGAAUAUAUUCGACUUUUGUUAAUUGAUCAAGGUAUCCCUUUCACUGAUCAUCGUUUCGAAGUUUUCGGAGAGGAAUGGGAAAAAUUGAAGAAAACAAUGGCUUUUGGACAAGUUCCAUGUUUAACGGAUGGAAAUGAAGAAUAUGUGCAAACUGGAGCAAUUAUGAGAUAUUUGGGAAGAAAAUAUGGUAAUAAUUAGCAGAAAACACCUGAAAGAAUUUUAUAUUGAAUAUUUCAGAUCUUUAUGGGUCAAAUAUAUCAGAAGCAGCAUAUAUUGACAUGGUUUUUGAAUGUGUUCGAGAUUUACGUAUGAAGUAUGCAAGAUACAUUUAUUAUAGUGAAGAGACCAAGGAAAACUAUGACAAUGUUACUUUGCCAGGAAUUUUGGAAAACUUGUCAAAGCUUUUGAAAACAAAGUUCGUCGUCGGUGAUAAGAUCAGCAUUGCAGAUUAUGUUCUUUUUGAAGAACUUGAUGUAGCGAACACAACUGCGCCUGGAUCAUUGAACAAAUUCGAGAACUUGAAACAACUUCAUGCAAACAUGUCUGCAAGACCAAAUAUUAAGAAAUAUCUUUCAACUCGAAGUGCAAGAAUCAACGGCGUUGAUCGGCAAUAA